AUGAUAAUUGUUGGUGUUCUUUUAGUUCUGUGUCAUGUUCACAGUCACAUGAAUCAGUUUCUUACAUCCUUUGAGAAAUUUUCGGAACUGGGCGUGACUAAUCGAUUUUUACAAAAGACAGAGAUCUUUACAAUUAAUGUUGUUAGUUUAAGUGUGAUCCACUUGGCUUUUAAUACUAAACAGCAUUUAUACGUUUCAUCACAUCAACCGCUUGUUCAUACACAAACACAGAAAAUGAAGAUCAUCUUCGUCAUCUUCUUCUUCUCCUUCGUCCAAUCUUGUAUCUCCAGUGAUACACUCAUGAGAAGACAGUCCUUGAGAGAUGGUGAUGUCAUAUUAUCACAAGGGAAGAGAUUUGCAUUUGGAUUCUUCAGCCUUGGGGAUUCAAAGCUCCGAUAUGUUGGGAUUUGGUAUGCUCAAAUCUCUGAGCAGACUAUUGUAUGGGUUGCAAACAGAAACCAUCCUGUUAAUGAUACAUCUGGUCUGAUAAAGUUCAACAGAAGAGGGAAUCUCUGUGUCUGUGCAACCGUUAGUGAAACAGAGCCUCUCUGGUCCACUAAUGUUUCGGAUAGUAUCUUGGAACCAACUUUAGUUGCCAGACUCUCUGAUUUAGGGAACCUUGUUCUUCUUGAUUCACUCACAGGGAGAGCCUUUUGGCAGAGCUUUGAUCAUCCUACAGACACUUUCCUUCCAUAUAUGAGACUGGGGUUCACAAGAAAAGACGGUUUGGAUCGCUUUCUGACAUCAUGGAGAUCUCCUGAUGACCCUGGCUCCGGAAACCGUACAUUUCGGAUGGAACGUAGAGGUUUUCCGCAGCUGAUUCUAUACAGAGGUCAGAUCUUGUGGUGGCGUACGGGGUCGUGGACAGGGCAGAGGUGGAGUGGUGUGCCUGAAAUGAUAAGAGGGUAUAUCUUCAACAACUCAUUUGUGAAUGAUCAAGAAGAAGUAUCAUUCACUUACGGUGUCACGGAUUCUUCUGUGAUAACAAGAUUGAUAGUGAACGAGAGAGGAAACAUACAACGGUUCACAUGGAUCGCGAGGGAUAAGAGAUGGAACGAUUUCUGGUCAGUUCCUAAAGAGGAAUGCGACUACUACGCACACUGUGGCGUUAACGGUCACUGUGAUCCCACGAGCUCAACAACGUUUGAGUGUACAUGCCUACCUGGUUUUGAGCCCAAGAUUCCUCGGCAUUGGUUCUUGAGGGACUAUUCGGGAGGGUGUGUAAAGAAAAAGAGAGCUUCUCUAUGCCGUGAGAAAGACGGGUUUGUGAAGUUAAAGCGUGCGAAGAUUCCCCACACGUCAGAUGCAAGUGUGGAUAUGAACAUAACAUUGAAGGAAUGCAAACAGAGUUGCUUGAAAAACUGCUCUUGUGUUGCUUACGCAAGCGCUUACCAGGAGGGUGAAGGAGGAGCAACAGGGUGCUUGACAUGGCACGGCGAUAUGUUGGAUACGAGGACAUACUUGAACUCUGGACAAGAUUUCUACAUACGUGUAGAUGCUGAAGAGUUAGCGCGGUGGAACAGAGAUGGCUCAUCAAAGAAGAGGAGAGUCGUGGUGAUUCUCAUUAGUCUGAUUGCAGCCGCAGUGUUACUAACAGUCAUUUUGUUCUGUUUCUUGAGGAAGCGGCGGGAGUCGAAUAGGUUUAGAAGAUCUUCAACAACCUUAUCCCUGGGUUCGUUUUAUUUUGAAGACUCAUUCAAAUUUGAAGAGGACAAGGCGAGAAACUGGGAGUUACCUCUCUUUGAGCUUAACACGAUCGCUGCAGCGACAAAUAACUUCUCUUCUCGUAACAAGCUUGGAGCAGGUGGUUUUGGACCUGUUUAUAAGGGCGUGUUACAGGAUAGUAUAGAGAUAGCGGUGAAGAGGUUGUCGAGAAACUCAGGCCAAGGAAUGGAGGAGUUCAAGAACGAGGUCAAGCUGUUAUCAAAAUUGCAGCAUCGAAAUCUAGUGAGGAUCCUAGGAUGUUGCGUUGAACUGGAAGAGAAGAUGUUGAUAUAUGAGUAUUUACCAAACAAGAGCCUAGACUAUUUCAUAUUCUAUGAAGAGAAGAGAGCGAUACUGGAUUGGCAAAAACGGAUGAAGAUAAUCUGCGGCAUCGCUCGUGGAAUCUUGUAUCUUCAUCAAGAUUCAAGACUGAGGAUCAUCCACAGAGACCUCAAAGCCAGCAAUGUACUUCUUGACAACGACAUGAUCCCCAAGAUCGCAGAUUUUGGCAUGGCCAGAAUCUUUGGUGGCAACCAAAUCGAAGGAAACACAAAUCGUGUCGUCGGAACAUACGGAUAUAUGUCACCUGAGUACGCAAUGGAGGGCCAUUUCUCUGUUAAAUCUGAUGUCUACAGCUUUGGAGUAUUGAUCUUAGAGAUAAUAACCGGAUUGAAAAACAACGCUUUCCACGAAGAAUAUUCGACCCUGAUCGGACAUAUUUGGGAUCUAUGGAACAAAGGUGAAGCAAAAGAUCUCAUAGACACACUAAUGGACCAAGAGAAGAUUUAUGAUGAAGGCGAAGUGAUGAAGUGCAUACACAUUGGGUUGCUUUGCGUGCAAGAAAACGCUUCGGAUAGACCAGACAUGUCCUCUGUUAUAUUCAUGUUAGGUCAUAACGCCAUUGAUCUUCCAUCUCCUAAGCAUCCUGUGUUUACGGCGGGAAGAAAGAGAGGCAGGGGAAAUAGUGCUUGGCUCAAGGGAAAAACUGGUGAUUCUGUUAAUGACAUUACCCUCACUGAUGUUCAAGGUCGUUAAAAAAAUUCCAUAUGGUUGUUCUAUAAACCUAAUACUGAAUAAAUUUUUGACAAA